CAUCCUUUUCUUUUACAUACCCUCUCUUUACUUAAUUCUAUAUAAAUCCCCUGGUUGCUUCAACUAUGCACAUACUGAGAUUACUAUUAUAAAUUAUCUAUGGCUAAAAAGAUGAUGGUUCUUCCUCUUUUCUUCGCCUUCUCCUUCCUUGCAGCCUCCCUUUCCGAUGCUCUUGUCCAAGACUUUUGCGUCGCCGACCUCAUGUCUGCUGAUACCCCUUCUGGCUUCCCUUGCAAGAAGGCGUCCCUUGUCACAGAAAAAGACUUUGUCUUUUCGGGUCUUGGUGUUGCUGGCAACACUUCAAACCUCAUUAAGGCUGCAGUGACACCCGCCUUCACUGCCCAAUUCCCGGGUGUGAAUGGCCUUGGAGUCUCUCUAGCUCGCCUCGACAUAGCAGUAGGCGGAGUGAUACCAAUGCACACUCACCCUGCCGGAUCCGAAAUUCUGCUUGUGGUCGAAGGUGUGAUCUGUGCUGGGUUUGUUUCUUCGGCGAAUACUGUAUACUUCAAAACACUGAACAAAGGUGACAUUAUGAUAUUCCCUCAAGGACUGCUGCAUUUUCAAAUAAACUCUGGCAAAACCGCUGCUCUUGGGUUUGUCAGCUUCAGUAGCCCUAACCCUGGGCUACAAAUUUUGGAUUUCGCCUUGUUUGGCAAUGAGUUGCCAACUGAUAUCGUCGCGAAAACAACAUUCUUGGACCCUGUUACUAUCAAGAAGUUGAAGGGUGUUUUGGGUGGAAGUGGCUAAGAGAUUUUGAGAAUGAGAUUGGUUUUUAUUAGAGCUUGGUUUUCAUUGUUAAGGUUUCUUCAUGUGUGUUUGUUCGUGUAAUUUGAGGGUAUGUGUUUGUACUGCUUUAGGUUUUGGAUGGUUAACUGUCCACUCAAUCAUCAUAUCAUGUGUUUGGUGAUUGUAUGAUUGUUGUAUGGUGUAGUUUGUAAGGUUAUAUUAUCCAUUGAUGUUUUCUUACCCUAAUUUUUUAGAAUAAGAGAAGUAACAAGUACUUUUUCGUUUUUUAA